AUGGCCCCCGCGAGACCAUUGAAGCGGCAAAAGACCAAUCCCACUCCAGAAUCGCGCUCAGAGUCAUCGCCUCAAGAGCAGGCUCAGCAGGCUGCCAGCGUGCCUCUUCCCCCAGACACCCCUCCUGCCUCAAGCCCUUCGACCCCCAAACAAGAUCAAAGAUCGUCAUGGCUCGCUCGAACCUGGCCGCGCAAGGCUCCUCCCCUAACCCAGACGCACCGCGAAAGCGUCUCUUCCGCCUCAACAUCCUCCACGGCGGCCCCAUCUUCCACCACGACUACAGCCACGGAGGUGCCUUUACCACCAAAAGAGAAGAUAAGGUCCCAGAGAUCGCCCUCUUUAGCAAUGGCCCUGGGAAAAUCCACAUCGAACCGCUCCCUUCCUAUAGAUGCCACUACCACUCUCGUCAAUGCCACUCCAGAAGCUGCCACCUCAUCAGGUAAAAAGGACUCACAGAUAGAGUUGCCCUCUAAGACCAGGGACGCCGGAAAUGCAUCCAAGCCUGCUGCAAAUGGCCAACAGAGACCGGAGAAGACGGAUACCAGUCCUGUUCAGCAAGAGGUAGUUACCGAGCCAACACCGGAGAUCUCGCAACCCCCUGCAAAUCCGCAGCAGGCACAAGAGUCACAAAGCAUGUGGAUGAGCUGGUUAGGCAGAAGAGACGGCAAUGCAGCAAAACCCGCCGAAACACAACCACCACCUCCCAAGCCCGUGACAGAGUCCAGUAUCCCUCCUGCAGUCGAUACAGAUACGAAUUCCAUUAAAUCCCCGCAGCAAGUGCAAGAGCAAUCGAAUUCCCCUGCGGCUACCAACAACAAACGAAGUUGGUAUCAAAUGUGGAGCAGCGGUGAUCAACCCGGUAGUGGACCGACUAAGCAACCAGAGCCUCCGUCAGAGCCACCGCAGGCCAGCAAUGUGCAAAGGGUCGAGACUACAGGAUUGACGAAGGCGGGGACUGACAGCCUCGACAUACCACCACCCAAAACGCCCAAGGCAAAGGAGGGCUCGCAAGCUUCUUCCCUUGAAACCUCCCCACCGCCACAACUUCCAGGCGACGGAUCAAAGUCGGCAGGAUGGGUAUUUUGGUCUCGAGAAAAGAAGCGCCCUGCGUCUACUGCAUCUGCAAUAUCAGGGACGGACCCUCAUGUCGGGGAAAUUGCGAUAUCAAACACACCAUCUCAGGCUCGGCCUAAACGAGCCUCCAUCAGCCUACAGGACGACAGUGCGAAACCCAAGGUAGUGCCAUCGGCUCAAGAAGAGCAGUCAAAGAAGACAGCAGGAAAGAAAGCCCCCGAAGUCAAGCAGCAGCCGGCGACAGAGGAAAAGCGCAUCCCCACAGCUCAGAAGAAGGCCAUCCCUACGAAGGAGGAACCUCUGACUACCAAAGCCACAUCAUCCAAUGCUACAGCCACUGCACGAGAACCUGCCAAAGCCCCCUCAACACCUCGGCCGGCGUCUCCCGUGCCGUCGAAGAAAGGACAUGAGGACCCCAAUCUGCUCCUUCCCCAUCUCAAUGACACUCUCACCUACGAAGAACAACCCUCACUUCUCCAGCAACUCGCGCGUCUCCUCUACUACACCAAGGAAUCUGAUCAACCGAGACAACUCUCUCUACUGAAGGAGCCACCUCGAAUUAGAAACGCUUUAGCAAUUGGUGUUCACGGCUAUUUCCCAAGUCCCAUGGUCCGAUCAAUUCUAGGUCAGCCCACGGGCACCAGCAUCAAAUUCGCCGAAAAGGCUGCCAAAAACAUUCGCAGAUACACCAAAUCUCAAGGUUAUGACUGCGAAGUCAAGACGGCAGCCUUGGAAGGUGAAGGACGAAUUGCCGAACGUGUCGAGCUGUUGUGGAAACUCCUCCUGAACUGGAUCGACGAGAUCCGAAGGUCCGACUUCGUCAUGAUCGCAGCUCAUUCCCAAGGCGUCCCUGUAGCGAUGAUGCUCGUGUCCAAACUGAUCCAUUUUGGCUGUCUCGCGCCAACUGCUCGCGUCGGCGUCUGCGCCAUGGCAGGCGUGAAUAUGGGUCCUUUCCAGGACUACAAAUCCCCCUGGAUAACGGGUUCCGCGGGGGAAUUGUUCGAAUUCACAGACCCCAACUCCAAAGUUUCCAAAGACUACAUGGCUGCUAUCGCCGAAUGCCUGAAAUUCGGGGUGAAAGUCACCUUUGUGGGGAGCAUCGACGAUCAAUUGGUGUCGAUGGAAUCCUCGAUUUUUGCACCCUUGACGCACCCACACAUCUACCGCGCGGUCUCGAUCGACUCGAGAAUCCACGCUCCCAACUUUCUGAGUAAUCUUGUCGGGUUUGUAUUGAAGUUGAGAAACGUGGGUGUGCCGGAUCACGGACUCAUCAGAGAACUCUCGACGCCUCUAGCGGGGUCGCUAUACACGGGAGAAGGCCAUUCGAGAUUAUACGAAGAUGAUGCCGUGUACCGUCUCGCCAUCGCCUUUGCUCUGGAGACAACCUCCACCAAGGACGUUGCAAUAUCCAGCUCGAAGCGCCAGGCACUUCCCACCAGCAGUACCAGCGCCAGCGCCAGCGGUAGCGGCAGCGGUAGUGGGAGUAGCAUCAGCGGUACGAACACGACGAAUCCGUACAUCCUGCCCUUCGCCAUGCGCGGGAUCCUCGAGGAGGAUAUUGUCAAGAAGGAACUGAGAGACGAGGCGAGACAGCUCCUCGAGCAGUUUGACGAGUGGGAACCGAAAACGAAGGUGUUGAAGGAUGUCAAGUUCAGGCUCGAGGGCAUUAGGAGCCAGUUGUACUAG